AAAAUUUUAUUUAAAAUGAAAUAUAAUUCAGUGAUAGUCCUUGUGAUUUUUGGUUUGGUUGCGAUUGCAUACACAGCACCUUUGGAUGAACCAAGUAAAGCCACAAUUUUAAGAUACGAUAAUGAAAAUAUUGGUGUCGACGGAUAUAAUUUCGGUUUUGAGACGAGCGAUGGUGUCACACGCCAGGAGGAAGCUCAGCUGAAGAAUGCUGGUACAGAAAAUGAAGCCAUAUCAGUACGUGGAUCAGUUAGUUGGGUUGCUCCGGAUGGUCAAACUUACACAUUGAAUUACAUUGCCGAUGAAAAUGGAUUCCAGCCACAAGGCGAUCAUUUACCUCAUAAUUAAAUCAAACAAUGCUAUUUCACAGUAAUUUAAGCACUAGCACUUAGGA